AAUGGCUUUACGAGGGGUUUUCUCGAUACGGACCGUGAGUCUGGGUUGCCUCCAGAGCUCUGUUUUUGACCAGGAAAGUGAUUCUCUCAUUUUGCCCUCCAGCUUGGCAAUUGCUUGAAGAAAUGUUGCUCAAAUGUCCCUCAUCUUCUUAUAUAUAGAACGCAGAGAUGAGCUAAGCAAACCAAUUGAGCGUUGCUGAGCUGGAGCUCAAAGUCUGCGGUGUCAGUUUGUUUUACGACCUAGAAGUUUUGUGAAGCCCCUGGCACAGGUUGUAAAGGGCCAGCGGCCAUGGUGACCGCUGCCUUUGGCCCUCCGGUGGCUGUGCAAUCUAGCGGAGUUGCACAGGGUUUUGAACAGCCUCGCCUCUGUUCCACCAUCUCUGAAGUCUAUCAGCUGACACCACGGGCGUCCUUCCCUCACCUUGGCAUCCACUCUACCCCCCUCCGCCAGUCAGCUGCCGCCAUGUGUCCCCCAGCUCGCCUUGCAAAGCGCCUGCUUGACAAGCGCCCCUCAAUUCACUUACCCCCAGCACAUAUCGCUCGCCUCCGGGUCCGGUGCCGCUCUGCACCUACACAGGAGCGUGCUGUGAUUUCAAGCCCAGACAAUGGCCAAGCAUUGGCGCCCGUGGAAGACAGUACAGCAGUGAUUGAGAAUGGGGCACAAAACACAAAAGAAGACGGCGGCCCUGCAUCAGAUUCAGAGGGGGAGGAGGUGGCCGUGCCAAUGCCGUGGCCGGUGUCACCUGAGAAGGCCCCCCAGCUGCAGCCGCUCGCACGGCCAUCCCCAGAGAUUGUUGCUGCAGCCGCAAAGGCUGCGGAGGAAGCCCUUGAGGACUUAAGGGCGUGCCGGGGCGGCAUCGACGGCGAGUGCGAUGCGCAGGAGGCAGUGCUGGAGGAGAGCGAGAGCCGCCUGGUGGUGGAGCUCAUCCGGCAGCUCGAGAUGAUCCGCCUGCACGCGCUCGAGCUGGAGGCCAACAACCAGCACUUCCUGCGCAACGCAGACAGCCGCUACCAGCAGAGCGCGGCCAACCUGGUUCACUACAUGGCCCUGCGCAACAGCGACCUGCGCGAGAUCCAAGGCGGCCUCGCCAGCCUCGGCCUCUCGAGCCUCGGCCGAACGGAAGCACACACGAUGGCUAGCAUCUGCGCCGUGCUACGCGUUUUGCGGGGGAUGGCAAAAGGCGAGUCGCCCGCGCUGAACCAGAAGGGGGGGGCCGACACGCGCGCGUACGAUUUCCGGGAGGGCACGCAGCAGCUACAGAGCAACACGGAGGCGCUGCUGGGGCGCAAGCCGCGGAGCCGGAACGCGCGCAUCAUGGUGACCAUGCCGGCGGAGGCUGCGGGCGACGAGAAGCUGGUGUCGAAGCUGCUGGCCGCGGGCAUGAACUGCGCGCGCGUGAACACGGCGCACGACAGCGCGGACGUGUGGGCGCGCAUCAUUGCGACGGUGCAGCGAUGCGCAGAGGACGCGGGCAAGAAGUGCCGCAUCUUCAUGGACCUAGCGGGGCCGAAGCUCAGGACCGGAGCGCUCCGGCCAGGGCCACGCGUGGCCAGCUUCGGACCUGAGAGGGAUGUGCGAGGUCGAGACGUUGCGCCCGCCAAGCUAUGGCUGGCACCUCCGGACGUUCCCCCGCCUCACGGAAGCGGCCCCGCCGCGAUCCUCCCCGUCGAACCGACCGGUUGGACUCACCACCUAUCCCCCGGUGACCGCAUCCGACUGACGGACCUGCGUGGCAAAGUUCGAGAAUGGACCAUUGUGCCGGGGGGGCACGAAGGGGACGACACCGACCGUGGGGGCCGUGUGGCGGAGUGCUGGAAGACGACGUACGUCGAAAGCGGAACGGGGCUGGCGCAUGUCAAAGAGGGGGCGCUGCCGGACGCUCCCCCCCGCGCGACUGCCAAGAUCGUGGGGCUGGCCGCUCGCGAGGAGCCCAUCGUGCUCUCUCGCGGCGACACCUUAAUCCUGUCCCGCGAUCCCGCGCCAGGCGUGCCCGCGGCACGGGACCCGUCGGGCGCCGUGCUGUCCCCUGCGCGGAUUGGCUGCACGCUUCCGCAGGUGUUUGACGCGGUCAAGCCCGGCGAGCCCAUCAAGUUGGACGACGGCAAAAUCGAGGGCUUCAUCCGGACCGUGCGCAGCGACGAGAUGGAGGUGGAGGUGACGCGCUCCAAGGAGCGCGGCAGCAAGCUCAAAGCGGACAAGGCGAUCAACCUGCCGGAAAGCGCGCUCGGCGUGGGUGGGCUGACGGCAAAGGACAUCGCGGAUCUGGACUUCAUCGCGGAACACGCGCACAUGGUCGGCUUCUCCUUCGUCAACGAUCCCGCCGACGUGCGCAGCCUCCAGGCCGAGCUGGCGGCCAGGAACGCAAGCCACGUGGGCAUCGUGCUCAAGAUCGAGACGAAGCGCGCGUUUCAGCAGCUGCCGUGGCUGCUCCUGACGUGCAUGCAGACGAGCAACCCGGUGGGGGUCAUGAUCGCUCGGGGCGAUCUGGCAGUGGAGAUUGGCUGGGAGCGCCUCGCGGAAAUUCAGGAGGAGGUCCUGUGGCUGUGCGAAGCCGCACACGUGCCCGUCGUGUGGGCCACCCAGGUACUGGAGGGGCUCGCCAAAUCCGGCCUACCCAGCCGUGCGGAAAUUACGGAUGCCGCCAUGGGGGAGCGCGCCGAGUGCGUUAUGCUGAACAAGGGCCCGCACAUCGUAGCCGCCACGGCGACGCUGCACGACAUCCUGAAGCGGAUGCACUCGCACCAGAAGAAGAAGCGCGCGCUCCUGCGCAGCCUCAAGGUCAGCCACCCGUUCGACCACCCGCACCUCCUGGCAGAUAGCGCCUGACCGGGGCGGGAGGAAACGGGCCGCAGGCCACGGACUAGCCAAUUGUAAGGGGAAGCAAACGGGAGACUAGCGAGUCGUUAUGGGGAAAGCAGUUUGGGGGUCAACGGGUUAUUGUAGGGGGAACACAAUUGGCAUUAGCCGGUCACGGGGAUGAAUAGUCGCGAAGAAAUUCACCUAGUCAUGGGGGAGGGACUAGCGAGUCAUUUAUGGGGGAAGUAGACCGGAACUUAGCCAGUACUAAGGAAGCAGUCCGAGAACUAGCUCAUUACGCAGGAACCAGCCUAGAGACAAGCUAGUCACUCGGGAAGCCGACGGGGGAUUAGCCAAUUCUAGGGGGAAGCAGACCUAGGCAGGGGAAGUGGGUUCUGGACGGGCUUUCGUUGGGGAAACGUUACAUGUGCAGUAGCGAGAAUUAGGUAGUCGUAGGUGAAGGCUGGAGGUAUCGGAGACAAAACAUGCCGUUUUGUAGAUUCAGAUUUGUAACGUAGACAUGAGCCAGGAAGAGCUUACAUCGUGAAACAAGCCGGUCCAAACAUUUAUUGCUUGGGGUAGAGAACUUUAUGCUUAUGUCGAGUUUUAGCCUUUGAUUGUAAACGAUAGUGCGCAGAGAGUUCCACGAGCGUAGUGAGAGUUGUGUAUCUCUGAUAGGGUUGACAUCAACAGAUUCGCUUUCAAUUAGUUGAGCCGCGUAGACUUUUCGUGGGCCAAUUGUGUGCUAAAAGUAGUACCCUAGAAGGCCCGAAUGUACAGCAGUGAGUGCUUAAUCUGCCAACGGAAAUCUGUGCACCAUGAUUGAUGUGCAGAUCUUUCCUGGGAAUCUGAGC